CAGCGAAUUGCGACAGAAGGCCUAAAAACAAGCCCGCAACGAUGUGGCAGGCAGAAUGAGACCUCAAGACAUCGUCAGCUGGCUCGCGCACAUUAAAUCGACAACCCACGGCCCGUCCGACACUCCCCGCCUGGACGAUCCCACGCCGACCAACACGCAUCAACACCACCCUCCGUCGCCGCCCGAAUCGCCCAAGAAGCGGCUGGCCAUGGACGACCCCGAGUCACCAGCGCCUAAGAGGCAGAAGGUGCACGAAGACCCGAACAGGACGCCCAAAGCGAGCAGCAGCAGGCAAGGGCUGGGAUACUUGCGCACUACGUCGCCGACAACCUCUCUUCCCGCCCCGACCCCGACUCCGACUGCUUCAGACACACAAUCCUCGGCUUCAGGCCGGUCCUCGCCCUCGAAACAGCUUGCCAGCCUGGAGAUUAGCACAGAAGGCGUCGAGCAGCGGAAGCUUUCCCUGGCAGACCCUUCCCUGCCGCCUGCACUCUCUGACCUGCUGUUGGAGCUGCAGAGCUGCAGCAGUAGUGGAGUUGGGAUCGUGUCGAGCACCUUGCGAGCCGAGAUCAGGGAACAGGCAAAGACAGACGCCACAUUCCGCGUCUUCAUGGACCACAUGUUUGCUGCCGCGGCAGAUCGCGAUCAACUGGGACCAACUCUUCCGGUCGAUGAGGCCACCCGUCUUGUCGAAGAGGCUGCAGAAUGCCAGGUAUCAAAGCAGAACGAACUGGGAUGGAACCAGAUGGUUCAUAACCCUCUCUUAUACUCGGCUAUCUACGGCCGACGGCGACGGGAUCAACUCGUUGGUUUUGCACCAUGCACGACGGCAAAGAUCAUUCGCGAAUAUCUCCCCGCAACCACGCCCGCCAAGAUGGUGGACUAUUGCGUAUACUUCGAUCCCAAAGCCGACCCGGUUGCUUCUGAAGCUAUCCAAACACUGCGCCGCUCUCUGGUGUCCCAGGUGAUCAACCACAGCGACUUUCAACCUUUCCGCAAGCGACCCAUCGCCAUCAGUAUCGAGACAAAGAGUCGGGACAGAACCUGGUCGGAAGCAGCAGCGCUGCAGAUAGGAACAUGGCACUCGGCGCAAUGGCGAUUUCUUGAGCAUCUUGUCAACCGCUCAGGUGGCUCGUUUGGCGGACUACCCUUUCUACCAGCCGUUCUCGUGCAUGGGCACGACUGGAGCUUUGCUGCCACCACGAGAGAGGGACGCAAGACGGUUCUGUGGCUUGAGCACCCGUUCGGGUCUUCCUCUGACGUUGUGGGCGUGUACAAGACGGUAUGGUGCCUACAACGCCUGGCUCAGUGGGCUGCUGAAGUGUAUUGGCCGUGGUUCCGAGAGAACUGUCUCGGUGUUGGCUAAGAAUGAGUGAGAUUCCGGGUUCUCCCCCUUUGAUCCGAGAUGGCGUUGUGCCUGGCCUAGAAGCCUUGUGACGUCGUAUGCAAGCCACGUCACGCUGAAUAUGUGUGAUCUUAUUGAAAUCAAGUCCGGCGGCGUUGCUCUAAUUCUGAUAUAUUGUAGGAUACAUAUAGAGGAUUUGUUGAAACGACUCUGGAGGGAGCGGGCCUGCUGGCGUUGUGGGGUUGGGUCAAGAACAUUCGAUCUCAGGUAGCAUUCGGGAGCAGUCGGGGAACAGGUACUCCUGUUUGUUAUGGAGUUGCCUGGCAACUAGAGGGCAUUGGGCUACUACGGCGAGCUCUUCCAUUUUGGCAGUAUCCAUGAAUUCGACAUUCUAGGCAUCUUUUUCGGCC